UUUGUCCAACCACGUCGUGCACCUACCCGCUGAGCAAGUAUUUUGAUUGGUGUGGCUAUCUCCGUACGGUUAUUGGUAGAAAGUAGCCUGCAGAUUAGAUUUUACCCCCACAUUCAACUCAAUACCGCUGUAGAAAUGUGAUGGAUUAGAAAAAUAUGUGCCUCGGUUGUCAACAUGUUCCCCGGCGUUUUCUAUGCGCUCCUGGCGGGGUUUCUCGGGGCUGUCGCAUCUUCAUCUGCAAAACUGUCACUUGGAGCCGAUUACCUUAAAGGUGUAUGUGAAACGGGGCUACGAACAUGGGGAGAGCAGCGGAAAUUUAGACAACCGGACGAAACUACCGCGUGUGACUGGGUGAGGAAUCGCCGCCGUUUAAGUGCCUGAAUUAUUAACGUGAUGGGAUUCGGGUGGCUUUGAAUAAUGUAAAUGUCAAUGUGUUAUCAUAGCAAUUUUGUGUUAGCAUAGCAAUUCGUCCGCGAAAAGAGAAGUUGCGGGUUUUCCAGUGAUGAGUUUGGGGCUCCUGAUUCCAGCUCGUGCGCUCAGCAUCUCGCUCUGCUGGACAGGCGCAUGCUGUGUGUCAAGCUCGUGUCGUAUCCGCGUGCUUCAACGACAUUGCAGCUCGUGCAACCUAGUGCAGUGUUACAUCAUAUAUUUUUGUGUUAAAGCAAGAUAUUUUCUUAUAUGUUGCGUAUCAUUUUAUUCUAGUGGCCGAAUGUGAUCCUGGUUUAACAUAUGGGCAAUUUUCCAUUCAAUGUCAAUACCAUAUUGUAAUUAGGCUGCUUGAAAUGACCUUCAUAACGUUUGCACGUGGUGACUGACAUGAUUUUAUGUUUGAGUUAUCAGCCAUAUUAUUUAUUUAUAUAGCCGUCAGAUAUUAAUUUUUUUACAUACAUUUACAUAUCAAGAUAAAUAACUAAAUUAGGCCCCAAAUCCCUGGAAUGGAGCUCAACUAUUUGAUGUGACUCAUUUGCAAAAUAACAUUGUUUUCAUUCAUAUAGACCACUUCCAAGUACAAGACACACCGACGUCACGCACAGAUGCAUGAUACUCUUGGAGGCAGUAAAAAGCCAUCACCAUCUGUGCCCAUUCAACAUUGCCUAGAUUUACGUUUUUAUUACUUCUAAACAAAAUAACUUUUUGGGGUUCUCAUAGGCUUACAAUGAUGUUUAGAUUCUGGCUUGAACAGUCGCAAAGAUUAUAUUUGGUUGUGAUCUUUGCAAAUUAAAUAUUUUGGAUGCAGCAGUUGUUAGCUAGAAUGCUAACACUCAUUGAAAUAGGCUGUAGCAAAAGCUAACCAAAGAGCCAUUUUACUGGUUGAAGUUGAAGUGUUUUUUAAAGUAAAAUGCAGUUGAUUUGCGAUGAUGACACAAACAUUAUAUUAAGCAGGACAUUCAUACGAGCCUUAAAAUCCAAUUAUAAUCCAAAAGUAGUGUGAAAUGCACUCAUAAGCAACAUGUAAAUAGAGGCUUUUUUUGCUGGCGUUCUAUAAGAACUCCCCCUUGUUCUGCCACCAACUUGCUCACAUCGCCCUAGUGCGGCCAAUGUUUGCAAACACAGAAAGGGGUCUAUUGUGUUUGUUUCAGCUACACAUCCCACUGAGGCUUCUGUGUGGGGGGCUGCUCUUCACCUGUAAUGCUGUGAUGUGGACAUUCCUCGCUAAGGCUCUCAGGUACUCUUCCUCCUCCACCCAAACCACUGUGACCACCACUGCUUCCAACUUCAUAUGUUCCGUAAGUACAUAUUUCCCUGUGGAAAAUACACUUACAAUUAUUUAAAUAAUGUAUAGGCCUAAUAGUCUACAGGUGUAGGGUUUGAAUUAAUAAAUGUAACACAGAUUUUCUGUUUUAAGUGCUGUCAAUAAUACAGAGAAAUAAGUGUAAUGACUGGUGCACUAAAUUUAAAUACCUGUAUUUUGCCACAGGCCUUUUUGGGGCAGCUUAUCUUCGGGGAGACCCAGAUUGCGUUGUGGUGGGUGGGAAUCUCCCUCACGUUCUCUGGCCUCCUGGUACUUCAGAGGGCGGCGCCCAACGACCGAGCCAGGAAGGACGAAUAACAACCGGUUGGAAGGGACAACUAAAUAACUGAUAUAGAAAGAAACCAGAAAUGCAACCUAUAGCCUACUAUCUGUGACAAACAAUAUUAUUUCUACAGUGAAUGGCAACUUUGGAAGGUAAAGCACUCACGUGAAAACAUACCAUGUAAGGAACAUACAGUGAUUUUUUUGUUUGAAACACUGACAUCAUCAGCAAUGUGUGCAUGACAUUAAUACUACACCAUGCUACAGAUCACAAAAGCUGUAUUUUGCUCACAUAUCCUAAGAUGACACUCACUGUAAACUUCCACACCAACAUUGCAUUAUUGCAUGUUCAAGGUGAUGUGUGAAUGGAAGUGGUCUCACAAAUGCUGCUACUGCUAGAUAUACGCAAAUACAGCAAACACAUUGAUAUUCUCAGAGUUUAUUACUGUAUUAUACAUGAUGUGGCUCAGAAUACACAUCAUGGCCUUGUUAGGAACUUCUCAGUUGUAUCAUGUUUAUAGCCUCAUAUCUUGAGGACUUGGCCGUUACAGUGUUUUGACAUGUUUUGUGAAUUCUGGGGAGGUUUGGCCUUGCCUGCCUUUAUAGCAAAUGUCUAACAGAAAGUUCCUAACAAGGUCUAAACCCAAAUAAGUCAAACCAAAGUACACAAAUAUGUUGAUCCUGCCUUUUACCCACUGUAACCACAGCAGUGGCUCUGUCAAUGCAUUGUGAAGUCAAACUGCUAAGUGGCCCAAAGAAUCAUAGUGACCUCAGCUGCCUGUAAAGUGAUACUGUCUAGUUCACUCCAAAAUCUAAAUUUGUCAGACAUAUUCAAACCUCA